CUACCAUUGUCUCUACGACACCACGUUGUUUUUAAAGCCAAGAUAUCAACUGUACAACAAAAGAAUUGCAUAAAAGUCACCCCUCUCUCUACCGGAUCUUCUCUCUUUAGUCUUUAGUAAGCUCACCGAAAAACUCACUCAAAUGCGACCAAAAACCCUAAUCAAAAACCAUACAGUAGACGGUAAAUAUGCUCCCGCACCUCGAUUGGAGCUUCGUUUGGGCCGGUGAUCUGUCGCAUUCUCACAGAUUGAAGAGUUUAGCGAUACAACUGUGAAAAAAUUGAAGUGCUCUUUUUGUCGCUUUUUUUAUGCUUUUCGGUCCUCUUCCUUCUUCUUCUGUGUUUGAUUUUGGCCAGUGCGAAGAUGUAUAAAAACAAGCUGCAGGAGCUGGCACAGCGUAGCUGCUUCAAUCUGCCCUCAUAUGCCUGCAUCAGGGAAGGCCCUGAUCACGCGCCGCGGUUCAAGGCCUCCGUUAACUUUAACGGUGAGACAUAUGAGAGCCCUAGCUACUGCUCCACCCUUCGCCAGGCAGAACACUCUGCUGCUGAGGUGGCGCUCAAUGCGCUCGCCAGCGGUGGACCAAGUAGCUCUCUCGCCGCUAGAAUUCUGCAUUCUCUUCUCGUUUUUGAUGAGCCAAGCCCGGAUCAUGUGAAAGAAUUGGUAAAACAAUUAAUGUCGAAGGUCCACAUUAGAUUGCUUAUACAGAAAACUAAGGAUGAAACUGGUGUGUAUAAGAAUCUCUUGCAGGAAGUCUCGCAAAGAGUGGGGGGUUGCAUGCCUUCUUAUACGACUUUCAAAUCUGGUCAAGUCCACCUUCCCAUUUUCACUUGCACGGUGGAGUUAGUUGGUGUUAUAUUUACUGGCGAUCCAGCCAAGAGCAAGAAGCAAGCAGAGAAGAAUGCGGCCAUGGUGGCUUGGUUAUCCUUAAAAUCAUUGGCACAGCAGUCUGAGACCUUCUCCGAGAAAACCCACAUGGACGAGCAGGAGCAUGUGACAAUUGCACGUGCCCUUCAAGAGUACCUUAUACAGGCCAAGCUUGCAAGAUUCUCUUUCCCUAUCAAAUUCCCAGCCAUAAGCCCAAGGCCCUCAAAUGCACACCAUUCCUCCCCCACAACCUCAAAAAUACUUCCCUUGAUCUGCCCAAAAACAGCCAGCCGCAGAAGGCCCACUUUAACAGCAACAAGCAACAACAACAACCCAUCAUUCCAAAAGAGUCAGAAAUUCCCUGCAGCAAGUGCACCACCCUACUUCCCUGUCAGGCACUGUAUCCCACACAGCAGAGUUGCCCCACUUGUGAAUGUUCGAAGCAUGGUUCCUGUUUUCUCGGCCCCACCGCCAGCGAUGAGGCCCCCAGCCAUUGGAAUUUCGCCACCUGUCUCCAUUAGACAGGUUGUCCCUGUAUAUGCUGCUCCAGUUUGCAAGGAGCUACCCAUGGUGCGGCCGGUUGUUAAAGCGAACGAUCAGCAGGUAUCAAGGUUGUUGACAGCUAAGGUGGAGGAGCUUCCAUUUGCUGGAGCUGCCCCAGUGCCGAUUUCUGAAGUUCCAGCACGUCAAGUCGGGCUACCUUCAUCUCAAGUUUCCACUGUUCAAAUCGAGCGAGUUGCUAAGUUUAGUGGCCCACCAGGCAGCCCGAGAGCAGCCAGCGACAAGACUAGGAUUGCAGUGCAUGACAAGCUGCAAGAAUCUAAGGAUUUGAAAAAUCUCAAGAUAUGAAAGGGGGUCUUUGGAUUGCAUGAAAUUACAGUUAUUAUUCUGUUAAUCAAAUUAUGUUCCUUGUAGUGGACAUUUACAUGUCUUUGAAAAGUUGUAACAGUUUGUGUGCAGUUGUGUCCAUCCAUCAGUUUCUUUUGCCUUUGAACGACGUAAAGAAACUGAGCUGCUCAAAACUCAUUGCAGAGUAUAUACACAUAUCAGUAUGAAUUGGCAUCAUGUUUACCUUUCCAAAUUUUGACUAUCGGAUUGCUGAUGUGGUCAUUAUGUAUUUACACUUUUUGUUUGCUUCGAGAUGUUUUUCUGUAGAGGCAGCUGCAUUUUUAUUCCUCAUGUGAAAGCGAUGUCAUGAUUCUUGGAAAGUAUAGUUUGUGCAAAUACUAUGCAGCACUUUUGAUUGAGUUGUUAAAUAUAUUAUA